AGAUAUGACGGAAUCCUGAAUCCUGAGCGACAUUAGUAAGAACACGAGGAAUAAAAUAACUGAGAACUGCAGGACCUCGAGUCAGGAUUCAUUUCGCCAGAGCUUUAGCGGAAGCGAUGUUUUUUAAAGCUUAAAAUCAGGAAAAACGCGCAGGAGAAGGCGCUGAUGGAUUUCGGGCGCAUCCCACGCGCGCUGCGCUCCGGGCUGCACAUCUCGAGUCGCUCAUGACAUGAACCUGCGCGCGCGGAGCUUUCACAUGGAGGUGGACGGAGAAGCUGCGGACCGCGAGCGCCACUUUUAAUCUCCGCUCACCUUUCCCUCAGCGCACUUUUCUUUUUUCUUUCUUUUUUUUUUUAAUAAAUAAAUAUUAUUCUUAUUAUUUCCAUGGCUCCACCUGGAGUGAUUUGGAGCGACUCAGACAUGUGCUGUCAUCAUCAUCAGCAGCAGCAGCAAUAAAGGACCGGCACACAGCACGCGGAGCAGCGCGAGCGCUCUGAAUGCGACUCUGCAAUAAAAAAAAAAGACUGACAGAAAAUAAAAAAGCAAUAAAUAAAUAACCUGCGCCGUAAAUGAACGAUUCGCCGCGCGCGGAGACAAACUUCAGCAGAGAUAUCGUGUGUGUAUGUGUGGGUGUGCGUGCAUGCGUGCGUGUGCGCGCGCGUGUGGUGUGUGUGGUGUGUAUGUGGUGUGUGUGUGGUGUGUGUGUAAUGAACGUGCCGAAGGCUUUUCCUGAAGCGCAACUUGUGACUUUCCUCCCCGUCCACAUGUUCAGGAGUCUGGAUAACAGAGCGCCUUCACCUGUUGUCCGUACACUGUGAUCAGUUUCAGCAUUUAUCUGACUUUGUCUGUGUGAUUUUGUGAUACUGUCUCGGUUUUUGAAGAGAAACAAAAGAAAGAAAAAGCACAUAAUACUAUCCUAACUGCCUUGGACUUUAGUUCCUCAACAUUUCACUGCCGCACAUGGAGAAGAGCCAGCCAUGGACCGCACACGGUCUUCUUUUUGACUUAGGAGAAUAUAUAGUCAUAAAGGAUUGAUUUCCUACAGUACGUUUAUCUGAACAGUUCUUUCUGAUUUGCACUAUAAUGGAAGUGCCACCGUGCUCUAAGAAGAGCCUGUCCCUCUCGCUGCCGGUGCCUCGGGAAGGACAGGCGACCCUGAAGCCUCCUCAGCACCUCUGGAGACAACCGCGGACUCCGAUCCGGAUCAAACACCGCGGCUACUCCGACACUGACCGCCAUCAUCACCCGCACAUGGAGCGCGCAGACGCCAUGGACACGAGCGACCGGCCCGGGCUGAAGAAGUCCCGCAUGUCCUGGCCAUCCUCCUUCCAGGGUACCACAAGCACAUCCACCGGGAACUGUGCUGGGAACAAACGUUUUGAAGGUGAAAAUGGACCGUCUCCUGGCCGUAGCCCAAUGGAUUUGCAGGCGAGUCCGGGGCUUGUGCUCCAUCCCUCCUUCCCCCAAAGUGGCAGGAGGGAGUCUUUCCUCUACCGCUCCGACUCUGACUAUGAUAUGUCACCUAAGACCAUGUCCCGUAACUCCUCCAUCAACAGUGAGGGACAUGCUGAGGACCUCAUAGUCACCCCUUUUGCUCAGGUGUUGGCCAGUCUCCGUACUGUCAGAAGCAACUUCACCAUUCUUGCCAAUGUCACAUCGCCUACUGACAAGAGGUCGCCCGUUACAAGCCAAUCUACAGUUCCACCAGCAACACUCUCUGAAGAGACAUACCAACAGCUGGCACGGGAAACCCUGGAGGAGCUGGACUGGUGUUUGGACCAGCUGGAGACCAUCCAGACACAUCGUUCUGUCAGCGAGAUGGCCUCCAAUAAGUUUAAGAGGAUGCUAAACAGGGAGCUGUCUCAUCUGUCUGAGAUGAGCCGUUCAGGGAACCAGGUGUCUGAGUACAUCUCCACUACCUUCCUAGACAAGCAAAAUGAAGUGGAGAUCCCAUCCCCGACACUGCGGGAGCGUGAGAAGCCCAUGUGCCAUAUCAGUGGCGUGAAGAAGCUGACACACAGCUCCAGCCUGACCAGCAAGGCUCUGCCACGAUUUGGGAUCAAGACUGAGCAUGAGGAUGCACUGGCCAGGGAGCUGGAUGACUUGAAUAAGUGGGGCCUUAAUAUUUUCCGAGUGGCUGAGUUUUCCAAUAACAGACCUCUGAGUUGCAUCAUGUUUGCCAUCUUCCAGGAGCGUGAUCUGUUAAAGACAUUUCGUAUCCCUGUGGAUACAUUCAUUACCUAUGUGAUGACGCUAGAAGAUCAUUACCAUGCCAAUGUGGCCUACCACAACAGCCUGCAUGCAGCUGACGUCACACAGUCAACACAUGUGCUGUUAUCCACGCCGGCACUGGACGCUGUCUUCACUGAUCUGGAAAUUCUGGCUGCGUUGUUUGCUGCUGCCAUCCAUGAUGUGGACCAUCCUGGAGUUUCCAAUCAAUUUCUCAUUAAUACCAACUCAGAGCUGGCUCUGAUGUAUAAUGACGAGUCAGUUCUAGAAAACCAUCACCUUGCUGUGGGUUUCAAGCUCCUCCAUGAAGACAACUGUGACAUAUUUCAGAACCUGAGCAAGCGGCAACGCCAAAGCCUGCGCAAGCUGGUUAUUGACAUGGUACUGGCAACAGACAUGUCCAAGCAUAUGAGUUUGCUGGCGGAUCUAAAGACCAUGGUAGAGACUAAGAAAGUGACCAGCUCAGGAGUGCUUCUGCUUGAUCAUUACACUGACCGCAUACAGGUUCUGAGAAACAUGGUGCACUGUGCUGACCUUAGCAACCCCACUAAGCCUCUGGCAGUGUACCGGCAGUGGACAGAGCGCAUCAUGGAGGAGUUUUUCCGGCAGGGAGACAAGGAACGUGAGCGUGGGAUGGAAAUCAGCCCCAUGUGUGACAAACACACUGCAUCUGUGGAAAAGAGUCAGGUGGGCUUUAUUGAUUACAUUGUGCACCCUCUGUGGGAGACAUGGGGCGACCUAGUGCACCCUGACGCUCAGGAAAUCCUGGACACCCUUGAGGACAACCGGGACUGGUACCAGAGCACUAUCCCCCAGAGCCCCUCGCCCCCUCCAAUCACCGAUAAUGAGCUUGACUCCUGCACAGACAAGUUUCAAUUCCAGCUUACCUUGGAAGGUGAGCCAGCUCAGGAGGCUGGGCCCAACCACAAUCAUAUAGGUGGCACUGAGCAGGAGGUGCCAAAAGAGCUGAAGGAAGGGGAGAAUCCUGGGGGAGGACAGGAUGCCGGUGGUGGAGAGGAGGUAGUGGCAGUAGAGAGGGGAGGGAGGAGGCGACUGCAGGUUCAGUCAGUGGUAGAGGAAGAAGAUGAGGAAAGACAUUCGGAUGCGAGUCCAAUAGAGGAGGCAGAGGAUGAAGAGGAAUCGUCUUUCUCACCUGCUGACGAUACGUGAGGCUCAGUAGCUGUCAGGAAUAUCGUAGGAGUGCAGGUGGUCCCAAGAGAACUCUCUUUUUCUCUGUACCUUACCCUCUACUUCAUGGCCAUACCAUGAACAAAACAAUAUUUCUGCACCAACUCAAUAAAAUAUUUAAUUUUAUUUUUCAAAAAGGGAAGAAAAUAAUAUUAUCAGAGAAGUAAUUCACACAGCAACUGUAGAUUUGGAAUGGGUGCUGGGCCCCUUUCUGGCAGAAGGUAAGAGUUUGCAUGGAGGAAUACAGUUUUAGUGGUGUUUCAAAUGGGUCAUUUAGACCAUGUAGCACUCUGGAAUUUUGGUAGAUCCCCACACACGUGCAUUUAUACCAACAUAAAGAUGCAAACAUGCAUACCCACACAUCCACAAAACAUUUUCAGUCUAAUCUAAUCACAAAAGAUAUGUGCACACACCUGGGGAAACUUUGAAGGGAUUUGGGAUCUCUUUGGAAAAAGCCAUCUUAAAAGGAAUACCAACUAUUUUCCAUCUCAGUAGUUGUUUUAAUGCUCAGAAACAGCUUUUAAUGCAUUCUGAGACUGAAAUCCUCAGAAAUUACACGAUUAGUUAAAUCAGAGUGACUUAUUUUCCAUUUCUGUCGGAAAUAAACCCAUAAGGACACCUGCUGCAGAGAGACAGAAGCUUUGGCUGCUGCUGUGGAGGCGGGAGGAUGGGGAAGUGGAAGCAUGAUUAUCAAGUUCAAGUGGCACAAGACUGGACCUGUGGCACAGGUCUGGCCCCUUUUUUCCCUUUACCAGGAGUGCUACCAGUGUGAGAUGGCCACGUGCCUUUCUGAACCAUCAGCUUCAGCUCUGGAGCUGCCGUGAAGCAAUGCAUCGUGGGAUAGUGGUCUUCUUUUGUCUUCAUUUCUUGAUUGUUGCUUGUUUCAAGCUCUCUCUCUCUCUCUCUCUCUCUCUCUUUAUCACUCUCUCUCGCUCUCUCUCGCUCUCUCACUGUUGUGCAUGAUUGGAAGCCUUUCUGUUAUUGUGUUGAAAACCUCAUUUUAUUAUGUAAGGUCUUCCUUGGUUGCUUCCGUUCUUGUCGAACAUUUUGGGGACUGAAUUAAGGAACUAGCCAUGGGAGUUGCUCAUGGUCUACUGUCUCCUACCACAUUUAAUGCAAACAAGGAUAGUCACUUUUGAGAAUAAGCCAUGUUAUUCUUCGGAAUUUAUGAUUUUGCCUUCUUUUGAAUUACAUUUCAGGAUGGUCCUGUGAAAACAGCGGAAAUCACAGAAUCCUUUCAAUAGCAGCACAGAUUCACUUUCACCUGCUCAUAUAAUGCAGCCAUGCUCCAUCACAGCCAAUAAUAUUUUCCAUUUUGGCUUACCAAAGGAAUGGGUGGUAACUAAUACCUUGGCUGAGGGAUUGGUGGAGAGUUGCAACUUGAAACAGUGGAACUGAGCACAGGGAGUCACAUGCAGCCAUUAUUAAGUUUGAUGUUUUUAUGCCUUAACACUGCAGGGUUUUUGUAUGUGGCACUAUGCUGACUGUCCUGAGGCUCAUAAGAGAUCCCAGAAUAUUUGUGUUUUGUCUGUACACCUUCACUAAAUGUCAGCUGUUUUGUCUUCUCUGAUACUAAUAGCUAUUUUCAUUGAAUAGCCCAUUAUUAUUGGAAUACAUCUAUCACAAAUGUCAAAGUGAAAGGAUCACAUUUAUGUUUACCAGGGUCUUUGAAUCUAUGUUGCAGUUAGCCUUCAUCGAAAUAAUGGGUUGUCUGUGACUCUGAAUGUAACAGUUGACUGGGAAAUUGUGGGUAUUUUGUGAGAAAACUUCUCCUCUAUGGAUGUGGUGGCAAGCUGGUUUCUGCUGGUCAGUACCUUAGCUCCAAGUGUGUGCCUGUUGCAACUGAACUUUGACGUUACACCAAUAUAAAUAUAGUAACAAAAUGCUUGGUUGAUUAAAUAAAAUAAUACAUGUUAUCAGAAGUUAUGGUUUUGGUACCUUGGUGAAUGGCUUCUAAUAAGUUUGCUUGGAUGUUUAACUGGCAUCUAAUUGGUGGAUUAUAGACUUGUAACCCCAAGGGAAGUAGAUCUGUUGUAUGAACUGAUGACAUCCCCACAUACAUUUGCGUAUGUUACCCAAGAAAAUGCUUCUGUUUGUGGCUUUUCGUUAACGAGGCAAGCUCUUAAGCAAACAAAUACUUCUUGCCAUUUUAACACAAUACUGUAGCAAUUGUUUCUUAUAAAGAAAUUAAUUACUUGCUGCCAUUCUUUUUGAAUAUCAAAAGGAAAAGUUUUCUUUGGACAGUUUGUGUACAGUUUUUAUUUUUGUAUCAUGCUGGUUGGUGAUUGUGAUAUUGAAGAAUUGAUUACAAGACAAUAUAAAUAUUAGACUUAUCACUGCUUAUUUUGUAUAUAUUGUAAUGUCAGUCUGUACAUUUAAAAUCACUCAGAAUUUCUCAUUGUCACUGACCGCUUAUUAUGUUUAGUGGUAAUAAAAUGUACUUGAAUGGUUGAACUUUGCAGAAAAAACCUACACACUCUUUCCCUGAACCUUCUUUUUUAGGACUAGAUAAAUCCUACAAUCACAAAACUGUUUUAUAUUUUAGUUUUGUUUGAUGGCAGCCUAAUCAUUUGUGAAUUCUUAAACCUGCACUUUAUUUUGGGUUGUAAGGUGGUUAGUCUAGGUUAAACCACAUGUAGAUUUAUUGUUUUAAAGUGAUACAAUAACACUUGCACAAGGGAAGCACUUCACAUUGCUUGAUCCCAAACUUUUCAACCAUACCGGCACUCUCUCCCUGCAACCUGACGAAAAAAAAAAUAAAUACUCUGCAGUAAUAAUCCACAUUGUAGAGGCUGGUAGUCAUGAGAUUUACAGUAGUUUGACUGAAGGUGUGGCAGACUGAUUUGAUAAAGAUUGUGGCUUGAGUAGAAGAGGGUUUAUUUGUAUUUUAAGUCACUUUCUUCUAAUGAGAAUCCUUUAUGGAAUGACUCUCUGGGCUUUAAACAAUAUGUUACUUGUUAAUAAAUGAUAAUAUAAAGAGAAAAAAAACACAACAAAAUGAUUGUAAUAUUUGUAAAUGAUGUUGCUGUAAUGUGUAUAAUGUGUCCAAGUUAUUUUAUAUUAUAUUAUUUUUAUGAAAGGUUGUCCUCUGAGAGAACUGAGGUGUCAUUUUGUGAAUAAAAUGCAUUUAAUAAGCAAAUGACUAUAUAUAUAGAUAUAUAUAUAAAUAUAAAAAACAAAUAUAUAAAUAUAUAUCAGUAUAUUUUUCUUUUGUUUCACUGUUCAGUACUGUAAAGUGUGUUCAAAAUACAAAUAAAGGAUGAUUUUUAACAAAUAUGACGAGAAAUAUUUUUUGUGCCAAGUUCCAGAGCAGCAAUAUACACUUGUUCAAAUGUUAUUAUUUAUGUUGUCAUUAUUAUAUAUACAUGUUAUGAUUUAUGUUGUCAUAUCCUCCAUGUGUGGCUAGGUAUGGCUCCAUGUAUUUAAAGAAAACCUGUGCCUACACAUAAGGGCUUAGGUUUGGUUUUAACAUUGGCGAUGCUCCCAAAAGGACACCUGGCACUCAAAUGCUUGCCGGUUCUGAGACGUCACCACUUGUUGUCCUGCUUAGACAGUGUCAUAUCUGUCAGCUAUAUGAACAGUCAGGGUGACAUGGGGUCGAGUGGCUCUCUCCACCUGGUACAGAAUCUCCUCAGGUGGUCCCACGUGGCGUCACUGAGAGCAACUCGUUUGCCGAAACAGUACAAUGGUGUGGCGGAUGCAUUGUUAAGAUGGUGCAUACACUUCCAGGGAAGUGCUGUCACCAACACUGAAGUUGUACCCCUGAUCUGGGAAAGGUUUGGCAAGGCACAUGAAAACCAGUUGUGGUUCUCCCCAGCCCAUAAUUGGACAAAUCACCUGUAUGCCUAUCCUCCUCUAUGACUGAUUCUUCCUACACUGUACUGAAUUUUAAGCCACUGCUUUCACUAGUUGUCAGAACACCCUAGCGGUUUCCUCUCCAAGCAGAUCGGCUGUCCCAAAUAUAUGGCAAGGUUUGGCAUCCUCAGCCACCUGUGGACCUCACAGUCCAGGAGACACUUCUGAACACGGGAGCCCCACCACAUGUGCCUUGUAAGCCCUUAAGUGUAAACUGUUAAUCAGCUGGAGCCAGUGCAUUGCCUGAUUCCCAGAAUCCUCAUUUAAAAUGGGUAUCUCUAAAAACUGCAUUUUUGCUAGCAAUCAC